AUGAGCCCUGCAACUGGCUAUAAUGGGAAGGCUGUAAUGAGCCCUGCAACUGGCUAUAAUGGGAAGGCUGUAAUGAGCCCUGCAACUGACUAUAAUGGGAAGACUGUAAUGAGCCCUGCAACUGGCUAUAAUGGGAAGGCUGUAAUCUGCCCUGCAACUGACUAUAAUGGGAAGGCUGUAAUGAGCCCUGCAACUGGCUAUAAUGGGAAGACUGUAAUGAGCCCUGCAACUGGCUAUAAUGGGAAGGCUGUAAUGAGCCCUGCAACUGGCUGGUAUGGGAAGACUGUAAUGAGCCCUGCAACUGGCUAUAAUGGGAAGGCUGUAAUGAGCCCUGCAACUGGCUAUAAUGGGAAGGCUGUAAUGAGCCCUGCAACUGACUAUAAUGGGAGCGCUGUAAUGAACACUGAAACUGACUAUAAUGGGAAGGCUGUAAUGAGCCCUGCAACUGACUAUAAUGGGAAGGCUGUAAUGAGCCCUGCAACUGGCUAUAAUGGGAAGGCUGUAAUGAGCUUUGCAACUGACUAUAAUGGGAAGGCUGUAAUGAGCCCUGCAACUGACUAUAAUGGGAAGGCUGUAAUGAGCCCUGCAACUGACUAUAAGGGGGGAUGUAAUGAGCCCUGCAACUGA